AUGCUUCGCAACGAAGGCCGUGGAUCGACUCCUGCAGGCGAUUUGGACGAAGAGCUACCUUUCCUCGGUGUCAAACCCGCGUCGGAGUCUAGACCAGAUCGUCGACAGAGUGGCGGGACACCAAACGUUUUGGUGCUGCUAGCUUGCGUUCUUUGUACAAUCAUUUCAGUCGCGAUUGCCAUCUCCGCUCCCUCCAUCCAGUACCAGAACACCACCCAUGAAGUCCGCCUACGGCGACCAAGCCAGUACAUUGGGCUCGACAAAGUGAACAGGACCGUCCCCGGUGUGGUUCCCCCGGAUCCGCUCGUCAACCACCCUCCGACGCUGACGCAAGUCAGCCGCAAGCAGCCGACCAAGGUCUUUUCGAACCACCCUCGCCGAUUCUACUCUCACAUCGGGGGUAUGAUCUAUCCGGAAGAUCGUCGCUUCCUCGUGACGGACGACGUACACAGCAUCGCCCAGUUUCGCGUGCUCGACUUCGGUAUGGAGCUGUGCUCGAUCGUUAUAGCUGUCCCGGCAGUUCACGAACAGCUUGCCGCGAACAAGACUGCAACCAUUGGCCCGGGAAUGACGGCCCUCAUUCACGUAUUUCGGUUGGACGCAGAUAACGAGCAGUUUUUCGACGCAGCUCGACUUUCCUGGAGGACUCGUCCUAAACGUCAUUCAAAGCAACCCAUGGCCACGCUGACGGUAGAGGCUGGCACGUCCGCGGCGACCGAGAAGUUCGAUUGCCUGGAGGCCUCUGCGCGAGCCUUUGUUAGGUACGAUUCGCCGUUUGUCUUUGAAAGUGGCCCAGCCAUUUAA